UAUUGCUCUGUGUGCCUGAGGGUAGAGCACAGUCAACUCUUCAAGCCUACAAAUGGGAGUCAUGUGGAGGGUCCUCACUCUCAGUCUUCUCUGCUGGGACCUCUGCUCUUCAGAGGACAAAAUCACCUGCAGAGAUGAAAAUGGUGUUGGGGUGGACUGGUAUGUCUUAUACAAGGUGCCCAAACUGAACAACGACAAAUGUACGGGCUUAGAGUAUGUCUACAUUGAUCCAGUUAAGUCUGAAAAGCUUACCGCUAUCAACGACGCGAAAGGUGUCCUAGCACACACACUGGAGCCUCUGCUUUCAUGGAAGUCUCCGACACCAGACUUUGGAUUCAUUUCCUACAAUGAUCAGCCCCCAGAGUGUAAUGCCUUACAGAGCUUUGGCCACAGUAAAGGGGUUGUAAUGAUGGAUAAAACCACUGGGGUCUGGCUCCUACACAGCACCCCACGUUUCCCUUAUGAUCGAAAGAAGAAAGUUUUCUGGCCCAAUUCUGGAGCAGUAAACGGUCAGACAUUCAUCUGUGUGACAUUGUCCUACGACAAAUUCGACAACAUAGGUAAACACCUCCAGCAGAUCAGAGCCUUCUCAUUUGACGGUGACAUCCCAGCUGAUUUUUAUACAUCACUCCAGGAUGUUGUAAAACGUAAAUUUGCCAAACCAAAGGAUCCCUUUCUGGUCCAGGAUUUGACAUCAAGGGGUGGCCAGAAGUUUAAAAGCUUUGCUAAAUACAGCUCCGGGAAAAAAAAUGCGAAUGAUCUUUAUUUUCACAUCGCAACGAUUCUGAACAGUGACCUGUCUGUCCAGUUCUGGCAGAGAAGCUUGAGGGGCGUGUCCAGUCCCGGAUGCUCCCAGAAUAACAAGGCUAUUAACACGGUCAAGAAUAUAGUGAUGACCGUGAAACUGGAUUCAGGCGAACAAGUGGUUUCGUGGAACGACUGUUACGACCAUUCCAAGUGGUGUGUGACUGAAGACGAGAGUAAACUGUGGACCUGUAUUAGCGAUAUGAAUAGAGGGCAGAGCCAGGACGAGAGGCCUGGAGGGGCACUCUGCAUCGAGGGGUCAGAGGUCAGAAAGGAGUUCAAGGCUUUCAUUGCCUAUAAACAAAACUGUGCAAAAAAAAGGCCACAUCCAGAAUGAAGUGGUUUCCUGUUGUCACUGUAGGCCUGUUGUUUAUGGCAUAUAAUGCAUGGGUCUUGAAUGAAAUUAAAAAUGGACCAGCUCUUUUGAGUUCUGUUCAAUCCUACUCUGUGUUUUUCAUGACCAGAUUAAAAUUGAACUUGUCAACCAGC